AUCAGGUCCACGAGGGCACCUCCCUUCAGUUCGGCUCUCCAGCCACCACCUCAGCCAGGGCUCGGUCGGGCGAGACCAGCCGGGGCGACCCCGCCCCUUGCGCUCUGGAGACCAGCCAAUGAGACCUCGAGGCCGAGACUCUGGACCAGCCAGAGGGCGGCACACUCACGUGUUUGCGGCCCAGCCCCUUCCGCUCCCGGAGACUGGCCAAUGAGGGCGAGAAGCCAUCUCCGGGGGGCGGGUCUGGUAACGGAAAGGGGCGGGGUGCUGUGCCCCGCUCCCGCCGCGUGCCCCCCGCCACGCAGGUGGGCCACGGAUCCCCACGCGAGCGCAGGCUGUGCCGGAGAGUCCUGAGGGUCCCGUGCAGCCAUGUGACCCCAGCCACACGACCACGGCUUCUCUGCUGCAUAUCCAAGUCCCUCUAGUGAGGCGCGCAGCUUUACCAAACCUGUAUCAUUCUCCUGAAACCAAGAACAUGUUCACUGCCAUUUGUGGGUGAGCUAGAGACCUCAGGCCUGAACCUGGACCACCUGGACCCUACCUUACCCUUCUCUUCCCUUCAGAGGAUGGCUGAUUCUGACCCUGGAGAAAGAAACUAUGACAACAUGCUGAAAAUGCUGUCAGACCUGAAUAAAGACUUGGAAAAGCUACUGGAAGAGAUGGAGAAAAUCUCAGUGCAAGCCACAUGGAUGGCCUACGACAUGGUGGUGAUGCGCACCAACCCCUCACUGGCAGAGUCCAUGCGCCGGCUGGAGGAUGCCUUCCUCAACUGCAAGGAGGAGAUGGAGAAGAACUGGCAAGAGCUUCUCAAUGAGACCAAGCAUAAACAGUAGGCCCCCUGCCCACCCACGGCCACCAUGCUGCCAUCUGCCAAUGUGGAGAAGCUCCUAAGGCAUGGAGCCUUCUCUGCUGGCAGAGUAACAGCGACCUAAAUAUAGCUGUAUUAACAGUACUUGUUUCUCAAUAAACUUAUUUUUAAGAACAA